GAAAUGGUGGACUGGUUCAACGCUAUCAGAGCUGCCAGGUUUCAUUACCUUCAGGUGGCCUUCCCUGGAGCCAGUGAUGAGGAGGUGAGGCUACAACAUGUUUUGAAAUUAGUAUUACCAUUAUUAAACACCAAAUUGAACAAUAUAUAUUAUUUUCUCUCUUGUCUUUGCCUUCAGCUGGUGCCCAAACUGACGCGUAGCUUCAUGAAGGAGGGCUUCAUGGAGAAGACAGGCCCAAAGCACACAGAGGGCUUUAAGAAGAGGUGGUUCACCAUGGACGACAGGAGACUCAUGUACUUCAAAGAUCCUCUGGUGAGGAGACAGACACACCCUACACUAAAACAACUGAUCCAUUCUGAAUGAACCCUACUAUUCUGUGGCAUACUGCAUACCGCAUACUUUAUUCUCUGAUAUCUCUCUCUGAUCUCUCUCGCUCUCUCUUUCCCCCCGCCUCUCCCCCCUCCUCUCUCAGGAUGCCUAUGCAAGGGGAGAGGUGUUCAUUGGCAGUAAAGAGAACAGCUACACUGUGCUCUCAGGCCUUCCCCCCUCAACCCAGGGCUACCACUGGAACCAUGGCAUCACCAUAGUAACACCAGACAGGAAGUUCCUGUUUGCCUGCGAGACAGAGGCGGAGCAGAAGGACUGGAUCGCUGCCUUCCAGAGGGUCAUCAACAGACCCAUGAGACCACAGGAGUACGCAGGUAAGUCAGGAGGCUGA